GUGACGUGUCAACAGAGUCACGUUCCCAUAAUGCAUCCUGCGGAUACAGUACACGUCAUUACAGCGCACCGGUCUGAAAGGGUUUUUGAAGGAAGACGUGGCUGUAAUAAUUGGUGAUAUCUCGAAAUAACUAGUUCAACAAUUCUUAGUCGUGUUAACACAUUUUGAUAAAUCAACCAUGAUGACCAGAAUAGCAGCGUUUCUUGCUCUUGUAUGCCUGUGCACGGGUGAGAGCUGUUCAGACCCUGUGAUUACACCCUCUGCCUACACCACUUCUGAUGCCGUCAUCUCCUCUGAGUCCGUAUUCAUCGUGGAGCUCAGCCUGGCCUGUGCCAAUGGAGCCCAGAGUGUGGCUCUGUAUGCUGAUGUCAAUGGAAGACAGUUCCCUGUGACUAGAGGCCAGGAUGUUGGCAAGUACCAGGUGUCCUGGAGCAUGCCCCACAAACAGGCCAGCUCUGGUACAUACCAGGUCAAGUUCUUUGAUGAGGAGUCCUACAGCUCUCUACGCAAGGCCCAGAGGAACAACGAGGAUGUAGAAUCCAUCCAGCCCCUUUUCUCUGUCAAUGUAGAUCACAGGGGAGCGUGGAACGGCCCGUGGGUGCCUACUGAGGUUAUGGCUGCUCUCAUUGGCAUCCUGGUGUAUUACCUGGCUUUUAGCGCUAAGAGCACCAUCCAGGCAUAAAGGACUACACGUCCCACUGUUCUCUAAGAGCACCAUCCAGGCGUAAAGGACUACACGUCCCAAGGUUCUCUACAACUGGCUCUCUGAAAGAUUUUUGAAUGCUGGUGAUUUUUCUAACAAUCCAACCUGAGCAUACCUUUGGCAGAACAACAAUAUGCCACCAUCCAUUUUGAGAUACGGAACUAGAACAAUUUGUUUUGUAAUUAUUUUAUAUUUUCAACGCAGGCUGAUUUAUUUUCGAUCAAUUCCUAGAAGAAGCCAUUGUUUUGUCAACCAAAAAUAAAUGACGUACACCUCAAUCGAACCCAAUGUACCCCACUGAUUGCAGUCAUUUUUGUUCAAAAGCAAACCCAAGUUUUGAAAGUGAAAGGACUGUUUCUUUUGACCAAUGCUGACUUCCUUCCACAGCCUCAUGCUUAUUGCUUAUCUUCCAGUGGACUUAACCCCUGAAAGACAAAUAUAUCUGUCCAUCAGUUCAUGGUCUUUCUUGUAAAGGACUCAUGUAUUGUGUGAUAUCUGUACUGAUACUAAACACUCAAAAAAAAAGCUGGUUCUGUACGUACAAGGGUCUGAGUAGAAGUGCUGAUCUAGCAUUCGGUCCCCUCGGUCUUAUGAUCUGAAAGGCAAAACUGAUCCCAGAUCAGUAAUUAUACACUGAGACACUGAAUACCAACCCUGGUGUGCAAGACUCUAAAGCCCCUGUGAACCUUGUAGUGGCUGACUGAUCUAAAUGUAACUGUUGUUGCACUGGCUGGCUGAUGAGGCCAAAUAUUUCAGGAUUGGUGAUUAUUUGUUGCUCGGUGGUCAAAUUAAUAAAUAAAUGGUUCGAUUUUUA